AUGAAGGCAGGACGCCAGCAUGCCCUUCGGGGUUCGCCCGGGCGCGCACUGAAGCUGCCCGCCUUGAAGGGGGCGGGGCGAGAAGGCGGGCUCGUCCCCCGAGGCAUUGUCUCGUUGGCGCCCCGCGCUCUGAUUGGGCCCGCUCCACCACGUGGGCAGGGACUCGAGCGGGAUUGGCCGGAGACCCGAGGGGCACUUCUGGGGUCCCGACGAGUAGGUGAUUCAGGCCGUGACAGUCUCCGUGGAAACACAGGGCUCCCUGGCUGCUGUGGGCGCCCAAGCCGCGCUUUGUCCCCGUCUACGCUGACCUUCGCCCCGGCCGCUCUGUCCCCGUCCACGCUGACUUUCGCUCCGCCCUCGCUGUCCCCCUCCUCCCUGUCUUUCGCCCCGCCCUCGCUGUCCACCUCCACGCUGACCUUCGGCCCGGCCACUUUCUCCUCCCUGCGCCCCGCCCCCUUGUCGCCCUGCUACUCGGCGCAGGCCCUGGUCCCCACGAUCGUGGUGCCGGCCCCCGACUCCACCACCGCCAGCCCCUCCUCCUCCUCCGUGACCUUCGCCCCCGCCUCGCUGUCCCCCUCCUCCGUGACCUUCGCCCCCGCCUCGCUGUCCCCGUCCUCGCUGUCCUUCGGGCAGUCCCCGCCCGUCCCCCGGCCGCCCUCGCCAUCCCCGGUCCGCUCUCCUGCCUCGUCGCUGGCUCUGUCACCGGCCUUCUCGUCCUCGGGCCUGUUCGGCCGCCCCUCGGCCCUGCUGUCCCCGUCCUUCCUGGCGGCCCCGCCCCUGCUGCCCUCGCCCCCUCCGUCCCCACGCUGCCGCCGGGCCCCGUCACCCGCCCAGCUGCGGCCAACCUCGCCGCUGCCCCCGGGGCUGCUGGCCUUCUUCCCUCACCCGCUGCGCACUACCCCGGCCCUGCUCGCCCCGCCCCCAUCCCGCUCCGCCCAGCUGCCCUCGGCUUCGCAGCUGCUGCAGCCGCCGCCGCCCUCGUCCUCGGUCUCAGCCUCGUCCCCACCGCCCUCGCCCCGGCCCUCGGGACCGCUGCGGCCUAUCACCCCCUGCCGGCCUCGCCCCUUCUCCACGCUGCCGCCGCCGCUGGGCUCCGCCCCGGCGCCAACCGCCCCCUCGCCCCUGCCACUGGCACCCCGACCUAUCUCGCUGCUGCCCCCGCCCCUGGGGCCGGCCCUACCCCUACUGCCCCCGCCCCCGCCCUUCGGCCCCGCCCCUCCCCUUCUCCCUCCGCCUCCCGCCCCCCGGGUCCGCCCCGUGCCCUCCUCCUCCGCCCCGGCCCUGGCCGGCGGCCCCGCCCCCCGGCCCCGCCCCGCUCCUGGGCGUAGGCCCCGCCCCUCGGGCCCGCCCCGUCCCUGA